CGGCCAGGGCCCGUAUUAUGUCCAACAGGAAAAAAUUGAGAACCGACUAGGAAAGGGGGCAUAAGAAAAUUUCAGGAACCAAAACUUCAACGGAGCGAUUGAAUCGAGCGGAACCACUCCGGCGACCGAGUAGCAAUUCAGGAAAGAGAAAAUGUCUACACUUGCAGCUGCUAGGGCAGACAACUUUUAUUAUCCCCCAGAAUGGUCGCCAAAGAAGGGUUCCUUGAACAAGUUCAAUGGUCAACAUGCUCUGAGGGAGAGAGCAAGGAAAUUGGACCAGGGGAUUUUGAUUAUAAGGUUCGAGAUGCCUUACCAUAUAUGGUGCGGUGGUUGCAAUUCUAUGAUUGCAAAGGGUGUUCGUUUUAAUGCAGAAAAAAAGCAAGUUGGAAAUUACUAUUCUACAAAGAUAUGGAGCUUUACCAUGAAGUCUCCUUGCUGCAAACAAGAGAUUGUAAUUCAGACAGAUCCAAAGAAUUGCAAAUAUGUGAUUAUUAGUGGGGCCACGCAGAAGAAUGAGGAAUUUGACGUUGAGGAUGCGGAAACCUUUGAACUUCCUGCUGAUGAAGAAAGAGGAAAGCUUGCGGAUCCAUUUUAUCGACUUGAACACCAAGAAGAGGAUUUGCAAAAGAAGAAAGAAGCCGAGCCAGUACUCGUUCGCCUACAGCGAAUUUCUGAUGACAGGCAUUUAGAUGACUAUUCCCUCAACAAGGCCCUCAGAGCCAAACUUAGAUCUCAAAAGAAAAGAGUUGCCGAAGAAGAGGCUACUUCAAGGAAGAUGGGUCUUGGUAUACGACUGCUUCCGGUGGCAGAGGAGGAUGCUGCUGCUGCGUCACGUGUGAAGUUCGUUUCCAAGUUUGAAAAAAAUAGGAAGAAUAAGCAAGCACUAAUCAACGCUGCUUCAAUUUUUCCUGGUUCAUCUGGGAGUUCUAUGUCGAAUGAGAAGAGUUUGGAACUACAAUCUAAGAGAAGAAGAAUAAGUGCUGCUGCUGCGUCCAACUUACUUACAGGCGGGUUCAAGCCAUCAUCAUGGUCUCAGAAUACGGUUUCUUCAGGCAGGCUAAAUGGAACAGCAGUCAAAGUGAGACGCUUCUAGUCAUCGAACACCAUAUGUGAUUUCUACUUUUGGUUUGCCUCGUUGAUAUGGGCAAUGGGGCAUGUAAAAUAUGAACGUCCUUGUCUUUUCAGAUUCAUUUGUUUUGGUUUUUCUUGUUACCAUGUCCCUGGCCUUCGUUCUUCUCCUCUGUGCAGGAGAUCUGGCUCAGCUACGAUAGUGUAUGUGUGUAUAUGGUGUUGUAAAUGAUCAUAUUUUAAGUAAUGAAGUGAAACGGCUGCUAGGAUGCAUUUUCUCCUA